GACCGAAAAACGAAAAUUUGAAAAGGGAAGGGAAGCAGCGAACGUGAAAAGAGUGACAAAGUAGUAAAUUUCAGCAUUGGCCGAGGAAAUGGAGUUCGUUCCUGAAGAAAGCAAGCACCUUCACGAGGAUUGCUCCACUUUGAUUUUGCCUGCUCUGUCAAUUGGAAAUGUGGGGCAGCUAACUGCAGAUCUUUUGAUUUCAUCAAUGGGUUCUGAAAGAGUUGGGUAUUUGGAUGAUCCUUAUGUUUUGCCUUGUGUUGGCAAUGAUGCUUAUGGACCCUUUCCUCAAGGAGACCUUGCUCUUCCUCUUGAAGCGUACGAGUCCCCUUCUAAUGCUCUCACCAUCAUCCAGCAGAGAUCCCCUGUGGUUAAGGGUAUGAUGAUUGAGUUUGCCAAAAACAUGGCUAAUUUUCUUGCUGAUAGUGGAAAGAAGCAUAUUAUUGUUCUCUCCAGCUUAGAUUUUGGAAAGUGGCAACAUGUUGACAUGUCAAGUGGUUUGCAGAUUUAUUACCUAUCUAGUGCCAACAGCAAUGGAACAGAUGAAAACUGUGAACAGCUUGGGUGGAAGAAACUUCAGGAGUAUGACCCUUCUCAAAAGCAUUGGCAAUAUCUUAGUAAUCUAGCUGAAGGAAAAUUAACUCAGGAAGAUAUAGUUUCUGUUGAAGAUGAGCAAGAAGAAGAAAAUUAUUAUGCUAGCUUGCCUUUUGCUGCACUUUUUUCUUUUCUCAAGGCAAAAGGUUUGAAAGUCACCUUCUUGUUAUGCUACUGUUCAGAAGGAGACAACAUAUCUGAUGCCUUUCAAUUGGCCGAUGCAGUAUGCAAACUUCUAAGGCUGAGUCACCCUACUUCUGGAAUUGAAGGUGGUAACUGGCGAAUUCCACUCUCUUGGAUGUCUGUAUAUGGACCACCCCCAGAUUUGUCCAUCUUCUAAGGAAGUGCAAUAUAGUCCCAAGAAAGUGAUUACAAUGUUGGCAUAAAUUUGCAAGUGUGGUCGCGUUGUGCUUUAAACGCAAUUAAGGGAAGUGGCAAAAAUAGUGACAAGGCAUUUAUGCUCAAGGAAUUUAUUAAAGAUUGAAAGUAGUGACUCACGAUAAUUAAAAGGAAGUGUAAUAGUAGAAAAGUAAGACAAGAAUGGGUAACAGAUUCACGAAACAAGCUUGAAAUUUUACUAUGGAAUUCGUUAGUUUUUGUACAACGAUGACAAUUUGGUUUAAACAAUAUACAAGAAAUUUUCUG